AUGGCGUCCUCCAUGGGUCGCUUCCUUCUCUUCUUCAUUGGGCUGCGCGGCUUCCUACUGGAGGCAUCCGGCGACCUCGGCUCGGGGGCCUCCCGCGACGACGACGUGCUCCUGCCCUACCCCCGCGCGCGCGCGCGCCUCCCCCGGGACUGCACAAGAGUGCACGCCGGCCGCCUGGAGCACGAGAGCUGGCCGCCGGCCGCCGCGACCGCCAGCGCCCCCCGCCCCUCCGUGCGCACCUUCGUCUCGUACUUCGCAGACCGCGCGGUGCCAGGUCAUCUGACGCGAGCGCCCGAGCCCUUGCGCACCUUCUCGGUCCUGGAACCCGGUGGACCCGGCGGCUGCGCGUCGAGGCGCCGCGCCACUGUGGAGGAGACGGCGCGGCCGGCCGGCUGCACCGUCGCCCAGAACGGCGGCUUCUUCCGCAUGGAGACGGGCGAGUGCCUGGGCACCGUGGUGAGCGGCGGGCGGCGGGUGAGCAGCGCCGGGGGGCUGCAGAACGCGCAGUUCGGGAUCCGCCGCGACGGGACUCUGGUCACCGGAUACCUGUCUGAAGAGGAGGUGCUGGACACUGAGAAUCCGUUUGUGCAGCUGCUGAGUGGGGUCGUGUGGCUGAUACGCAAUGGCAGCAUCUACAUCAAUGAGAGUCAGGCGGCUGAGUGUGAGGAGACCCAGGAGACAGGUUCCUUCAGCAGAUUUGUGAACGUGAUCUCAGCCAGGACAGCCGUGGGCCACGACCGGAAGGGGCAGCUGGUGCUCUUGCACGUGGAUGGGCAGACAGAGCAGCGGGGCGUUAACCUGUGGGAGAUGGCGGAGUUCCUGCUGAAACAGGACGUGGUCAACGCCAUCAACCUGGAUGGAGGAGGCUCUGCCACCUUCGUGCUCAACGGGACCUUGGCCAGUUACCCGUCUGAUCACUGCCAGGACAACAUGUGGCGCUGUCCCCGCCACGUGUCCACCGUGGUGUGUGUGCACGAGCCCCGCUGCCAGCCGCCAGACUGCAGUGGCCACGGGACCUGCGUGGAGGGGCGCUGCCAGUGCACGGGGCGCUUCUGGCGGGGUGCUGCCUGCGACAAGCUGGACUGUGGCCCCGCCAACUGUAGCCAGCACGGGCUCUGCACGGAGACUGGCUGCCGCUGCGAAGCUGGAUGGACAGGGUCCAACUGCAGUGAAGCUUGCACCAGUGGCUUCUUUGGGGAAGACUGUGCCCAGAAGUGUCAGUGUCAUAAUGGAGCCACCUGUGACCCAGUGCAGGGAACCUGUGCCUGUCCCCCUGGCUUCACUGGAGACACCUGUGUGCAGGAGUGUCCACUCGGCUGGUACGGGCCAGGCUGCCAGAGCCCUUGCAAGUGUGAACACCAGUGUCCUUGCGACCCCCAGACUGGCAACUGCAGUGUCAACUGGUCACCCACCCUGAGCAGGCUCUUCUCCCGAGUGAAGGAGUGUUUCCCACCUCCCGAGGUCACCGUGCGGGCAGGAGAACUCUCCCUUUUCACCAGGACCACCUGGCUGGCCAUCACCUUGGCCCUGGCUUUCCUCCUGCUGCUCAGCACGGCAGCAAAUGUGUCUUUGUUCCUGGGGUCGAGGGCCACGCGGAGCCGGCACCUGGACGGGGCCUACGUCUACUACCCGCUGCAGGAGGUGAACGGGGAGCACCCGGCCGCAGAGAAGGAGCAGCUGGGUGACUCCUGUAACCCCUUCAAGGACUGA